AUGGUGAUUUUAAUAUUCAACAAAUUCGAAACUCAAUUUGGUCAGUAUCGUGAUCCAUUUUUUGAUUAUGUUGGCUUUUUAAGUGGUUCUGAUUUUCAACCACGUAUUGUUGAUAAAGGUAAUAAUCAAAAACAAUUAGAAAUGACUGUUGGAAUGAAACAUUAUCGACCAGAAGAAAUUAAAGUUUCAGUAAAAAAUAAUGAACUAAUUGUACAAGGUGAACAUAAAUAUAAAGAUGAGAAUCGUUCCGAACGAUCAUAUUUUUUUAAAUCAACAACAUUACCACCUGGUACACAAGUUGAUCAAUUAAAAUCACAGUUAAUCGAUGAUGGACAAUUAAAAAUUGAAGCACCAUAUAUUGAACAAAAACAAACUGCAAAAUCAAUUGAAAGCCAUAAGAAAUAA